GCCAGUAGAGAGAUGAGAGAGCAGAGGGCAAGGCGCAUUGGUGGGCAAAGUUAGGGUAGCCAGCAGCAUAGAACUUACCCACACUCCACCUAAAAAGCCAUUUAUUAUUUUCUAUACUUCUGUUUAUUACCUGUUAUUCCAGAAGUCUAAAACAUAAUUUAGAAGGUUAUUUCCCCUAGCCUGUUUUACCCAGGACAACCUUGCACAAUCAGGGUAGGCACCUUAUACCCCAGCCCAGAGCACUUAGCGAGGAUGUCUCAACAAGGAACAGAAGACCUGUCCCUUCCUGCCAAGCCACUGAAAUCCUUCCUCAUCCAAGACAUUCUGUCACAUAUAGGACCUGGGAGAAAGGAAAAAAGCCUGGACUCCCCAAAGACAGACCAGGACCAGGAUUCUUCCUUGGGGGGCAAGAAGGAGAACUGUACCCCAGAAAAACAACAGUCAUCGUCCCAACCUGCAGAGAUGCACCACAGCCAGAUGGAAGAUGAAAAUGUGGAGCUAGACCAAGCUCAGCCAAUAUCCCCGGUGGAAAAGAAACUAAAGCUGCAACAGAAACGAUCCAGAGCUGCCUUCUCCCACUCUCAGGUCAUAGAGCUGGAAAGAAAGUUCUCCAGCCAGAAGUACCUGUCUGCUCCAGAGAGAGCCCAGCUUGCCAAGAGCCUGAAACUGACCGAGACCCAAGUAAAGAUCUGGUUCCAGAACCGGAGGUACAAGACCAAGAGGAAGCAGCUGGCCACUGAUAUGGAGGAGGUAGAGAAGUCCUCAGCUCACCCUGUACGGAGCAGAGACACAGACAUCAGCCGAGCUUCACUCCUCAGCUUUUACCAGAACUAUCACUGCUACCCCUACCUGUAUUACCUGGCAGGGUGGCCCACGCCUCACUGGUGACCUCAUCCUUAGGCUACUGGGACUUUCUAAAUUAUAAUAUAUUUUUCUAUUUUAAAACUAAUUUUGAUACCUUGAAAUCUAGCUAGACAGGACUUGUAGCGGGAUGAAUAGCUAUUUAAUACUUAUACCUUGCACUAAAGGACAAUAAAGCCACCUACGAUUGGCUGCAAUAAGACAUUGACUUGAAAACACUUGUUGCUUUUAGUGGAAGAUCGCAAAUCUAUUGUUUCUAUAUUGCUAUUGUUGAGUAAUAACUCCCAGCAUUCCCUUAGAGUGUUCGCACAUAGGGGACUGUGGGAGCUGUGGUUUAGCCAAAGCUUUAAGGUCCCUGCUGGGAUUGAGAGUCAUUGCUACAAGAGGGUCAUAUUAAAGUGGUGGGAUUUAAGUAAAGGUAGAUGUCAAGGCCCCACAACAUUGCCUACAUGACCUGAAAAUCCUAAGAUUGGCACAUGGGUAUCAAUGACAAGGACAAUCUUAUCAAGCUUUGAUCAUAUAAGUAGAUCCUAAAACCUGUUCUGUGAGCUCUGACAUUUGGGGAUCUAUGGAUUAAGGGCCGCAGACUAUAAAUCCUUGUCCAAUUUAGUGUCAUCAGCUUAAUCUCUUUCUGUAAGGGAGGGGCAGACGGUAUCAGGCCUUGGCUGGGUCUUCCCAGGCCAAGCUUUAUCCCUAUGCCUCCAACCUGCUAGAUCUUUGCACUUAGAAUUCUCUUUCUCUACUGGGAUCCAUUGUUCUUGAUAAUGUAUUCCUAUAGCAAGCAGACAAGAUCAGCCCUUUCACUUGGGUUACCUAUAAAGGAAAUUAGCCUGCAUGAAAGUAAUACUCAAAAGAACCCUGCAGCUGGCCCAUGGCACAUGUUGGUGUUUUAGCCAUCAGAAGUGCCUGAAUGUGGCCAUGCAACCUGCCAUUAAACUUGAAUAGAAUCUAAAGUUGGCCAUACACGCAUUGAUGAUAUUGUACAAAACCUCAUAUUCGGUGCAUGUAUGGCGGCUCGACGAGGUGACCGAUAUUGCAAAAGGCUGCGGAUAUCGGUCAAGUCAUCGAUCGCCCAGGUUAAAAGAUUUUGAUUGUGUGCCAUUGAAGGUGUCCGAGCAAAAUCCACGUUCAGGGCUGAAUCGGCAGGUGGUAGUAGAAUUUCUAUUGUUUCUACCUCCAUAUCUGAUGAUUCAACCCUGAACAUCAUCGAAAAUUGCUACAAGAAUGGUCACCUUAAGACUAAAUAAUUAAUAGGCUACAAUUCUGCUUUUGGGCACUUCUCCGCCAGGAAAAAUGGUGGUGUAGAAUGCAGUUCGGAACUAGGGGUAGGCAGAAGAAGCACCUGCCUAAGCGGGUACCUCUCCUACCAACCCCUGGUCUGUGCUCCCCUGCCCCCGCCAUUUCUAUUGCAUAUAUGCGUGCUUCUUCGCACACUUGCUGCGUGCCUAUGUGGGGUCGUGGGGGGGCAGGAUGUUCGAGGGUGGCAUUCAGUUUGACCCGCCCCUAGUAGAAUGGAAGGAUGUUCCCUGUAUGUCAUAGGCUUAUUUGCUAUAACUGUGUUUUGGUUUGUGUUGCUCUCCAUGUCUUUUUACAUUUGACUGUGGCUCACAACUAAGAAAGGUUGGGGAUCCCUGCUAUACGGCUACACAGACAUAAUAAGCAAUAGUUCCCUACUUCACCCAAAGCAGCUAUGGAUAGUGGGAAGAUAAGGAUACUCCACACCAACAUAUUAUUCACCAACAUCUGUGCCAGUGACUGAGCCUGGGGAAGGAAAAUAUUGGGAAUAACUGUGUUUAUGUGUGUUAUGUGCCCCUUUGGGGAGCUGUGGGGAAUUAAAUGCCUUAUAGUCAGAAUCUGACAGUUAUGCUGACACUAUUUGCAAAUAAAAAUUGUAUAUAAUAAAAA